ACCGCUGGCUAAUGCAAGGAGGGGAAACUGGGGGUGGGAGUGCGGGAAAAACUGCUUCGUGUCGUAACGCGCAAGGCCAGCUGCACUGAAUUCUCAUGCAUACGCGACGCCAUUCUCGCUGCUGCAUGAUGAUCGGUGUGGGCUCCGAUGCCGUUGCUCUGCUAGGCCGGCCUUGGAUCCCAUGGCCCUUUAGAUCCGUUGGAACUUGGACCUUCGAAGGUCCGCGGCCGGUUUGGAUGACAGCGUAUUUCCAGCCUGGGUGCCACCGCCCACCAUAUUCUCCGAACCCGUUUGGGUUUCCAUCCUCAUCCUCAUGUUCUGCUGAACACCUGAAACAGGCUGGGAUAGAUUGGCCUGUCCAUCCCUGCCCGCCCAGCCGACUGGGAACAACCAGUGCACAUCAGGACUUGGAAGCGUUGAACCAAAUGAGUCAACUACACCUCAUUCCUCCGAUGCGACGAUGCAGACCAGUUGUAACUUGUAUCACGGACAUUGGCGGGACGAUUGUAGGAAACUGGUUGGAUCUCUUGGAACGGGACCCGACUCGCGUAUGUGCCAGUGUUCGACAAGUGUUCGGGUGUUCCGCCUUUAAAAUCCGUUCCUCUGGCCUCAUCCUGGCGAUCCUACCCCUUGACCUUAUGCUGAGCGAUAUAGAUAGAUUACGUACGACGGAAGGUAGGAACCUGUAUAAACCCCUCCUCCCUGGUCGGGAUGGAAGGUCUCCUUCCCCAACGUGCAUCCUAAAUGGUGGAAUGGUUGCAUAUCGGGUCAGGUCAAGGUAUGGUAAGCCUGAUCUACCUAUCAUUACUGUUCUUAUACCCAACCGGCAGUUCUGUUGGUGGAGAAAAUCGCCAAGUUCGCUCGUGCAGUUCAAGACCAUCGAAUAUCUAUACUCACAGCGUGCCCAACUAAGGAGCAGACCAUUCUUUUCUCCUCCAAAUCGCUGCUCAAAACACCGAAGCUUCCCAUGUUUGAAUUCGUAUCGACCCUUGUACAGAUAUUGUCUUGCAUACAUGAUGCAGCUGGUCCAUCGCAUCGAGAGUAGGUCCAAUAAGACCCCAGAGACAUGGUUAGGCAAUGAGUUGGAUAUUAGCCAUGGUUCAACAGUGCCGCCGCAACGGGCCAUCCGAUAUAACAUGGUUGCCCAAAUUGUGAAGCACCGGCAAGACGGUUGCAAGACAUACUUCUGCGUAUGAACUACAUAACGUCUAGCCAUGCCAAACAUCAUGUGCUGCAUCCUGCAUUGGAAAUGCUCCUUUACGAGGAUCCAGGGCGGUGCCGCCCCAAUCAAUAUUGGACUCCUCUACCGUGAUUCACGCCUCUUGAGUCUAGAUUCUGGAGGGCGGAGGGAAUCAGCAGUGGGGGGGUUCGCAAGUGU